AUGCCAUCCGUUAUGCACGACGCAGAAGACACGAGAAUAGUCCCUUCAAUGGAGAUAAACUCUCGUCCUCAAACCCACGGCAAUCAAUCUCAGGAUGGGCCCGGUGCACACGGCGGCCUCUCUGUCCCAUCUGAACUAAUACAUCACAUACUUGGAUACCUGGGGAAGGCAGACCUGGUGAACACGGCAAUCGUGUGCCCAAGUUUCCGGAGCGUUUCCCAGCGCGUGAUUUACAGGAACGUCGAACCUGCCGAGGAUAUGGUUAUACCGUGCCUCAAAUGCCUUUCAUCGUACCCGUAUCUCGCAUCUUGUGCUCGUACUCUGAUCUUGUCUGAUGCUACUCGACAUUAUGACGUAUUCUCCAAUUUUUUCAACCUACUUCGUCGCGCCUUGUUAAACACUUCUUCGCUCACGGAUCUUACGCUUCUCCUCGACGGCCCCUACGCAAGAUAUCUGCUUGGAUGUUCAUUUCGGCUUCGUUCUUUGACCACGACACUCGCUUGGGACAAUGACUUCAUUACUUGGAUGUCAGAGCAGACGGAACUGCGCAAUGCCAUGUUUGGCGGCAAAUUCAUGAAGCACAUGGUUCUACCUAGUGACACUCUUCAAAAGCUUACAAGGGUCUCCGCGUCCCCUUUGAUAUUGGCUGUGGUGGUUCCCAAUCGAAAAAUCAAGGAAGUGGAACUAUGCUUACUACAGCAGGAGCUUUUCAAAGAUGAUAUCCUCAAUACCGCAUCGAACAUCCUUUCCUAUUCCACCGGUCCGUUGACCGCACUGCAGAUCAUCGCCUAUCUGAGUGAUACCCAGGAUGCACUCGCAGCUUUGAAAGCGAUUCCAAAUAAUUUGCCCAAACUGAAUUCAUUCGCCUUUUAUUCGAGUGAUGGAGCAGUCUCGCAGGAACUUCUCAACGCCUUUCCUGAUUUCCUAUGUGGCUUUGAGUGCCUCAGGUCGCUGACACUGAUGUCGCGAAAUAAAGCCGAUUCACUACAUGACAAAGCUUUCACGGCUGGCCUUGCGUCAAGGUGGCACAAAGCAUGUCCCUCUUUGCAAAGCGUCUCGCUUGCGGGGUCCAUAUGGUUACAUAACCCCCGGCACGGUUGGGUGACGUUGGCGGAUCUUGAGCGUCUCCUGCGAGACCGUCAGGGGCUGCUUCUGUCCCGACAGAAGUACUGGAUAGAAGCGGACCCAAAAACGCUCUCCCUGGAAGAGGUGAACAUGAAUUUAGAAGAGGACAAAGAGGAGGCAGAGCAUGGCAAUCAGAUGCAGCGGCAGAUGAACAUGCUUCAAGAUAGUCUCCUCCAGUUUGGUGGCCCUUGA